AUGGAAAAGGAAAAAACUGAAGAUUCAGACACCAAAUUAGCACCGGUCAGUGCGAGUGAUUCGAUCCAGGAACAACCACCAACGGCGGCAGCUAAAAGUGAUGAAAAAACACCCGACCCGAACAAUCCGGUUCCUUCUGGUAGCGGAACAAAGGGUAAACAGUCGACACAGAAGACCGCUAAGAAAAAAAGACAAAAACCACCGAAAGAUGCAAAUGCUCCGAAACAUCCGCUUACGGGAUAUGUUCGCUACAUGAAUGAGAACCGGGACCGAGUGCGGGCCAAACAUCCCAAUCUAACGCCCAUUGAGAUUACGAAAAUAAUGGCCGAAGAAUGGUCAAAGUUGCCGGAAGACCGAAAGAAACCGUACCUGGAAGCGGCGGAGGUGGACAAAGAACGGUACAACAAGGAGAUAUCGGAAUACAAACUCAACAAUGAGGCGAAAGCUAAAGCAUUGCAAAACGAGGCACAGAUGACACAGGCGAAAGAAGUGCCUGAGCCGAAAGUGGCCAUAACAUCCAUGCCGUACGUGAACGGAAAGGUAGAACCGAAAGUGUUGCGCCAGGGUGACUAUGACAUACCCAUUUUUACGGAAGAUUUUCUAGACCAUAACAAAGUGGUAGAUUCGGAGCUGCGUACAUUACGCAAGUCCAACAUCGAUUACGAGCAGCAGAACUCCGUGCUCGAAAAGCACGUUGAAAACAUGGAAAAUGGUAUUCAAAAGCUGAAUGGCGAAACAAGCAGUCUAGAGUCGCGGAAUGCCGUGCUAGAGAGCUAUCUGCUGAAGCUGCGCACCACACUGGCUAAUGCACUGCAAGGAUUGCCCCUGUCCGGCGAUUGUGCUGGAGCUACGGUAGACAACAUUGAUCAGUAUUUGGAAAAUUUACAUCAAAUGGCGGACUCGAGCACACAAGGCCAUACGUUGAACAAAGCGAAAGACAUUAUUCGUAAGCUAGAUUUACAAAACCUUACUCUUUAAAGACCAACAAUGGAGGUUA